GCUCCGAAGAUUUCACUGUGACGAGAUUCCUCCAGCCACUUUAACCAACUUUACAAGUUCCUCGAGAAAAAGAUAAUACAGAGAGAGAGAGAUUGUUCUUGCGUGGAUGUAGCGCUAGAGAGAGAGAGAGAGAGAGAGAGAGAUAGAUGGAGAGGAAGGUGAUGGUGAUAUGUAGCGUCGUGGGUUUCUUGGGGCUCCUCUCAGCUGCCACGGGUUUUGGCGCAGAAGCCACUCGGAUUAAGGGUUCUGAAGUGCAUUCCACGGCUCCUACGCAAUGUGUGUAUCCCUGGAGUCCAGCUCUGCCACUUGGGUUAACUGCCGCUGUGGCUCUUAUGAUAGCUCAAGUAAUAAUCAAUGUGGCAACCGGUUGUAUUUGCUGCGGAAAGCACCCGAAUCCAUCAAAUUCUUACUGGACAAUGGCAUUGGUCUUCUUUGUUGUUUCCUGGUUCACAUUUAUCAUAGCGUUUCUUCUGCUGCUCACGGGUGCUGCACUCAAUGAUCAACACGGUGAAGAUAGCAUCUAUUUUGGUAACUACUACUGCUAUGUUGUCAAACCAGGUGUCUUUGCCGGAGGUGCUAUCCUAUCACUUGCUAGUGUUUCCCUUGGGAUUUUAUAUUAUCUCUCCCUAACGCGGGCAAAGGAUGAUGGGCGGCUGUGGGGUACCUCUGCUUCUAACCAAGGUGUUGGAGGUAUUGCUUUGGGACGACCCCAGUUUCCACCACAGAGCAGCACUCAGGGACCCGUUUUUGUACACGAAGAUACAUACAUUCGACGGCAAUUCACUUGAUCUGCAAU